UUUUUUUUGGUACACAAGGUUGAUCUUUUUCACGAACUCCUUUUCUGAUUUUCUCCACUGCAGACUGCAGAGAAAAGCAAAAGAAUUUUAAAAUGGCACAAAUUCCAAAUUUAGACAACUCUCCUUUGAAUCUCAAGUCUCUCAGGGAACAGUCGCAGAGAGAUCUUGUUAAAAUCCUUAAAGAUAUUCGAGGAAAGAAAUGUUUGGUUAUUGAACCGAAACUUGGUGGCUCCCUCUCUUUGAUUAUCCAAACAUCUCUUCUUAAGGAAUAUGGGAUUGAAUUGCGGCAUCUUUCAGCUGAGCCAGUUCAGACUGAUUUCACCAAAGUGGUUUAUCUCAUUCCUUCUCAGCGUGACUUGAUGAAGUUCAUAUCUUCUCAUGUGCAUAGUGAUAUCUCAAAAGGACUUCAAAGAGAGUACUAUAUCUAUUUUGUUCCUCGUCGUGAAAUACAAUGUGAGAGGAUCCUUGAGGAGGAAAAAGUGCAUCACUUGAUAACCAUAGGGGAGUACCCCUUGUAUGUAGUUCCACUGGAUGAAGACAUAUUGUCGUUUGAACUGGAUCUUGCUUACAAAGAAUGUCAGGUUGAUGGUGAUACAGGCUCUCUUUGGCAUAUUGCAAAGGCCAUUCACAAGCUUGAGUCUUCUUUUGGAGUUAUACCAAACGUGCGCGCAAAAGGCAAAGCAUCUGUUCUUGUCACAGAUAUUCUUAAUCGCAUGCAAACAGAAGAGCCUGUGAACUCAUCUGAUAUGGCUGUACCAGAGAUUAACACUCUCAUCCUCAUAGAUAGGGAGGUGGAUAUGGUUACUCCUAUGUGUUCGCAGUUAACAUAUGAAGGGCUAUUGGAUGAGUUUUUGCGCAUACAUAAUGGUUCUGUGGAGCUGGAUUCGUCUAUCAUGGGUGUUCAGCAAGAAGGAAAAAAGAUUAAGGUCCCGCUUAAUUCAAGUGACAAGCUGUUCAAGGAGAUACGAGAUCUCAACUUUGAAGUUGUUGUCCAGGUUCUAAGGCAGAAAGCAACAUCCAUGAAGCAGGACUACACCGAGAUGACUACUACUAACCAAACAGUUUCUGAACUAAAGGACUUUGUCAAGAAGCUCAACUCAUUACCUGAAAUGACUAGACACAUAAAUCUUGCUCAACAUCUAUCAACAUUCACAUCAAAGCCCUCUUUUCUUGCAAAACUUGACAUGGAACACACAAUUGUUGAGGCCUCGAGUUAUGACAUUUGCUUUGAAUACAUUGAAGAAAUGAUCCAAAAGCAGGAAUCUCUUAUCAAUGUUUUGCGUCUUCUCAUCCUAUUUUCUGUAACAAAUUCAGGGUUGCCCAAAAAGCAUUUUGAUUAUUUGAGGAGGGAGCUACUCCACAGUUAUGGAUUUGAGCACAUGGCUACACUAAAUAAUUUAGAAAAGGCUGGAUUGUUCAAGAGGCAGGAGUCAAAAAGCAAUUGGCUGACAGUCAAACGUGCUUUGCAACUUGUAGUUGAGGAUACUGACACAGCAAAUCCUAAUGACAUAGCCUAUGUCUUUUCUGGAUAUGCACCUCUUAGUAUUCGUCUUGUCCAGCAUGCAGUUCGAUCUGGAUGGCGUCCUAUGGAGGAAAUUUUGAAGCUGUUGCCUGGGCCACAUACAGAAACAAAAAGGGGUGGCUUCACUAGUAGUCAAUCAUUUGACGCAUUGCAGGGUGCUUCGAGUGGCUUAGACAAAAUAGCUGAUGGGAGGCGCUCGCUAGUACUUGUUGUCUUUGUUGGAGGGGUAACAUUUGCAGAAAUUUCUGCACUCAGAUUUCUCAGUGCUCAGGAAGGAAUGGCAUAUGAUCUGAUUAUUGGGACGACAAAAAUCAUCAACGGUCAUUCAUUGGUUGAAACAUUCUUUGAGAGUUUUGGUUAACUUGUCCAACUUGUGUUAAUUAGUGAUCCUUUUUUGGGGUUUCGCUUUCCUAUCUUCCCUGGAACAACCGCAGCAAUCGUAAUUAUGGCUUAUUGGGCAUCAAGCGAGGUUGUCAAUCUGAAGCGCUUGGCAGGAUAUGAAUGCAGUUGAAUCUUGUUGCGUGUCGCCAGGGUAUCUAUUGUGUUUAUUCGAUUUUGCAGCAAUAUCUAUUCUGCGGAGACA